AUAAACAACUUGAACUGUUGAAUGUAUAUAUCGAAAUUUAUAGAUUUCAGUUUAUAACUGUUCCAAUCUUUACUAUUUCCAGUUUCACUGCAUUUUUUUUUGAAUAUGUUUUGUAAAUAAUCAACCAUAUAGUUCAUGUUGUAAAAUGUUUCGUGAGCGUGUGUCAGACUGAGAGUGUUUGCCGAAAUCAAAUCAAAAAGAAAAACGAUAACCAAUUUCAUGAGGAAUGAGUGAAUCAAAAGAGAUGUCAUCUAGCUCAAGUGAUGAAAUGAAAAUUGAAAAUAUCGACCCGGAAUUGGAUAUUCGUAGUGAAUUUUUCAAUCCAUUAAAGGCACUAUUGUCGCCCGAAAUCCAAAUUCCCAUCAAAGACGCACCACAGUACAAUAAUGUCGCUCAAUAUGAAUCUGAAAUGAGAAAACAAGAGUCCGGCGGACCAUCAUCAACAAAACAGCAUGCAGCGCCAAAAAUACCACCGAUUUCAUAUCGUCAAGAAAUUGAACUACACAAACGACGAUUUUUACCACAUCAAGAAAUGGUCAAAGGAAGAGGAAAAAGUGUUCGUUACACGCGAAAUUUGUUGUUAAAAAUGAGCGAAGACACCACUGGCCCAACAAAUAUGCUGAAGCAAUGGAAAGAUCAAAGAAAACGCAUAAAGAUAUUCACACGAAAUGCAAUAGCCAUAAAUGGAUAUGUGACUGGUUUCAUCGAAGCAUUUGAUAAGCAUUGGAACAUCGUGUUAAUCGAUGUAUUUGAAGUGUGGAAACGUAAGAAAUACCAUUACUCAUCGAAAGCAGUUAUAUCGAAUGAUGGCGAUAAUGAUGAGACACAAUUGGCAACAUGUUUACAACGAUUACGUUGUCUGAAGAUUACAUUGCCCGCGCUAAAUGUCAAAUCCGUCAAUCGAAAACAAGUGGAAUGCUCACGAAAUGUUUCAAAAUUAUUGAUUCGUGGUGAGCAAAUUGCCACUAUCAUCUUAGACAGAGACAAUGAAACCGGAAACGGAACUAAAAACACAACCCCAAAGUAAUUAAGUGGCUCUCGAAUUCGAGAGCGGGAGAGAAAGAGAAGAAGCGAAACCAAACAAACAAAUAAACAUUGUUUACAUUGUAAGCUGUUGUUGUUUUUUUGCGUUCGCUCGCAUAUAAUAAAUUCAUCAAGGUUAGACUAGAAAUUAAAAUGUGCUAUGUAGAAAAGUGUAAAAAAUAUAGAUAUUUUUCGUCGCUGCCAAUUUGAAUAGAUUAAGAAUGAAAAAUGAACAAAUAAAUUGUUGUAUUUUUAUAGCUUCUUUAAAAGAAAUGAAUAAAAUGAAUAGUGUUUUGAAUAUA